AUGGGUAUUAAAGUUAUCGGGCAUUAUUUAUCGUCUCCUGUUCUUAGAGUAUUAUUUACACUUGAAGCAUUAGGUCUAGAAUAUGAAUAUGAACAAAUUACUGGAAUGGAAUAUAUUAAAUCGCCUGAAUAUCUUGCCACGAAAAAUCCAUUUGGGAAAAUUCCAGUAAUAAUUGAUGACGGUUUUACACUCUACGAAUCACGUGCAAUCUGUCGUUAUCUCGUAAACAAAUACCAAGGAACCAAGAAUUCUACAAUUUUGAUUCCAAAAGAUAUACAAAAGGCCGCUUUGGUUGAACAAUACUUAUCGGUCGAAAGUUUAUAUUUUGAAAUAUCAUCAACAGCUAUUAAUUAUGAAGAAGUCAUUGUUACCAAGUAUCAAGGUAAAGAAGCUAAUGCUGAAAAGAUUAAAGAAUCAAAGGAAAAAAUUGAACAGACAUUGGAUAUCUAUGAAAAAUUGCUCGAGGGAAAAGAUUAUUUGAUUGGCGAAUUUUCUUUGGCCGAUCUCUGUCAUGUGCCUAAUCUCUUUAUUAAUAUUCAUAAAAAUAGCAUUAAAGAUAUAUAUUAUGAUGCUAAAAGACCCAAUGUUGUUAAAUGGGUGAAAAAUAUUUGCGAAAGACCUUCUUGGAAACAAAUGCAAGAAUUGAUUGAUGGAGAAAAAUUGUUAUACGAUUUUGUUUUACCGUAUGAAUUGUUUGAACAAGAAUUGGAAUUGAUACGUUUGAUUGAUAAAACACCGAGUCCCGCGGUGUUGGAAAAAAUAUGGAGAAAAAUUAUGGAGAAUGCAGUAAAUGUUGCCUAUGCAACUGGAUCUUUGGAGCCAAUAUCUAUAAAAAUAAUAGAAGCCGGAUUGAAAUUAUUGUUGGACGAGAUAGUAUAUUUGCUUUAUAAAUGGAUAGAUGAUAAGGUGGAAAGUAAAGAUAUGGAUAUUAGGAAGAUGCUUCAAUUGAUUUCAAAAUAUGAACACGCAGCUAGCAGUUAUCAUCGAAUAUUUCAACAGGAUUUGUCAUUCAAAUUUUUAGAUAUUCAACAAAAACUUGAAAAUAUAGAAAUGAAGAGUUAUUUGUAUACUAGUUGA